GUGUACAUGAGAGCAAGAGGAGGGUGCAGCGUGACUAUUUCAGAUCAAUAAAUACACGUUACGGUGUUGUGAAACAUGUGAGUAAAGUGGCUUCGGUUAGACUUCAUAUUUAAAGUAUAUUCUAAUGUUUGACUUUUUUUUUCUAAUUAUUUAUUCAUACGACAAUUGAUUUGUCUAUUAUAUUUUCUCGUUGCUGUUCUUUGAGCUUUGUUUCAUUUUCACUUAUUUCGGCUUUUAGACGUGUACACUUCUUUGUGAACCUGCAUUUCCCACAUAAGGAAAAUUUACACACACACACGUCUAUUCAUAAUUAUAUACAAUGUGUAUACAAUGAUUAUUAGUAUCCUUAUAUUCAAAUAUUGACACGCUGGUUUUUUAGAUGGACGUAUACGAGCAUUUACAAAUCUGUUGGAACCGGAGUAAAACCGAAUUUAUUUUUCCUUCGGAACAUAAAAUGAAAUUAUAAAAAGACAAUUUUUAUUCGAUUGAAUAAUUUUAAAUUGCGUUUUUAUAAAUAAUCAUUGAAAAUUUAAUUUCUCGGAAAUAUUGAAAUCUUUCUGCAGUUAACAACUUGUACUUCAAACACCUGUUGAUCGUCUUAGAUUUGUCCACACAGUUUAAGGAGUACCUAAACAAAAUCUACCUCAAAAUGGAUGCAGAAGAAACGUUAACUCUUUCUAAGAACAUUAUCCGUUUGUUACAACCCUCCAUGUUAUAUAAGGAAAUGUUGGCAAAAGCUCAAGAAGAAGCCAUCAAACUAAAUGUCCGUUUGUCUGACGUCAAAACAACACUAUAUCAAAAGCUUCGAGACACGAAAUUUGACCGUCCACUCCGUAAUUACGUUUACAAUUACCUGAAGCGAAAUGGAUACCUUGCGGCGAAACAGAAACUACAGACAUUUUCGCAGGAACAACUUGACCACUUGUACGAGGCACAGCAAAAUUGGGAGAGACGAAUUGUUAAAAGUCUGAAUGCCAUGUGUACUGAACAAAAUAUAUCUUUAGCUCGCAAGAGACCUCAAAAAGACAUCAACCACAUGAUGAGCCAAUGGACGGAACUGGGAGCUAACAUCCGUGAACCAACGAACAUCCGUCCUGUGUAUGCACCAAAAGACUUCCUUGAUGCCAUCAUAAGUAUUCAGAACCAAAACAUCAACAGGAACAGCGAAGGACCUAUGAGUAUGUGGGGUAUAAUUCAAAUUGCGCUGGAAGUCAGGAACCUAUCAGAAUUGCGAGCAUUCUAUAGUGGGAUUUCGAUAAACCAUUGUCAAAUAGGCAUUGACGAUACUGUCGAUGGCCUGAACGACAGCUUCUUCAAUGAGAACAUAAAACUCGGUAAUAAAGUUAUCGCUCUCGGCUUAACUCCAGUCUCACAAGAAUAUUCCAAGAAAGGAUGUCCAGUCAGCUUACGAAGGACACUCUGGAGCCAAAUGCUUGGCCUUGAUAUAAGCAACACUGACUACGUUUACUACAAACAACUGAAAAAUUAUGUGUUUAAACACGAACUUCUCACUGAUAAACUACUUUACAAAGACAUUAAACUGACGGCGAGCAAUGACGACCAGUAUUUUGUAUUCGAAGACUUAUUAUAUCAAGUCCUUUUACCGUUUUCGCGUGAUACCAUUUUACUGACCUGCAAUAACAAAACCAACGGCAGUUUACCAAAAUCCUACAUUCGUGGCAAACUAGGAAACAGUGACUUGUCUGUGAUAUUUCCUCCCAGUGGUGUUAUACCAUUUCAUGGUUUCUCCAUGUAUGUUGUUCCAUUCUGUUACCUUUAUAGUGAACCAGAGCAACUUUAUUUUAUCUUUAGAGAAAUGUAUUCCAGAUUUUUCUUCCGGCUCCAUUGCAUCUCGUCUCACGAAGAAGGCAUUUUAUCCAUUUGUCUGUUGUUCGAGCAACUUUUGCAGACUUUAGAACCAGAAGUUUUCUUUCAUCUAAAACUCCACGGCAUCCAACCCCUGAGAAUCGCCUUUAAGUGGAUAAUUAGGGCUUUCUCUGGUUGUCUUGCUUGCGAUCAGGUUUUAUUAUUGUGGGACCGUAUACUUGCGUUUGACUCAUUACAGAUCCUCGCUGUCCUUGCAGCUGCCAUAUUUUCUUUCCGAAAGAGUAAUUUAAUGAAAGUGCAAAGUCUUUCAGCUGCUGAAGGAGUUUUUGCUGAUUUGAUGACACUGCAAAUAAUGCCUCUUAUACAGCUGGCCUUGUUCUCAAAAUAAUUUCUGUAGCACGAUUCUUAGUUAAUCAGACAUCGAUAGAUCUUCCAUAGAAUGGUAAUAACAUUUUGAUUAUUUGACACACACACACACACACACACACAAACAUACACACACACA